AUGGCUAGCUUCGAUUUAGACGAAGACAUUCAUAGACUAGAAGGCACUAGCGGGAAUGAAUCUGGUGGACUUGUCAUAAUGAAAAAGGGACCCUCGGGUGAUGAUGGAGCAAGUCACGCGUUUAAGAAACCCGAUGUGCCAAGGGUGUCCUUACUAGGGUUAGACAAACUGAGUGCUGCAAAGAGAGAGUUGCAAAGUGAAGCGGCAGACCUCACUCCAAAACGAUCUAAGGUGAUUUCAUAUAGAAAUGAUGAGGAAGAUGAUGUGGAGGAGGAGGAUGAGGAUAAAUACAGCAGGAAGAAAUACAGAGAUAAAGAGAGGCAUUACCGACAGCCAAGGGAGGAAAGCCCGUCACAUCCUGGAGGAGUGAGCUCUGCUGCCAGAGAACGAGUGAAGAAGCAUCACAGGGACAAAGAGAGAGGUCUAAAAGUAUCCUCGUCAGAUAAGAAAAAGAAACGGUACUCUGAUAGAGAAUAUCACAGAAAGAGAGACAGGGACAGUGAGAGAAGCUCUCGUCGCAGUGACGGCUCGGAGAGGUCAUCCAGGUCGGAGAGAUCAGAACGGGGCUCUCGAGAUUGGGAAGAGACUCCUGACAGUAGAAGGUAUCGAAAUUACAGAGAUGAGGUGCCCAGUCCAAACAUCAAAGUCAAAGACACUCCCUCGAGGUCCUCUUGGGACGAUGAUGACUUGCCAACACCAAAGUCCGCCUGGGACCUUCCUACCCCCGAUCUGAACAAAGGUCGCUCUGGUGACAGGUCAAAGAAGACAGAUAAUGGUGACAGACUAAAAGACAGUCGUCAUAGUCGGGGAUCAGAAAGAAGUGACAGACGAGACAAAUCUGACUAUAAAUCCAAACAACGUGACGAUUUCACACCUAAAGCAACACCAACUUACAAGUACAACGAAUGGAUGAAAGACAAGAAAAAAAUACAGUAUACACCAAAAGACAAUGAAAAACCAGGGAAAGAAAAUAUUCUGGAUUUUGAGUCAGAAGAGGAUCGACUUGAAUGGGAGAAUGAGCAGAAACGAUUGGAUAGGGAAUGGUAUAAUCUGGACGAAGGUUAUGAUGAUGAGCACAACCCAUUCUCGGGCACAUCUAAGGAGUACACCAAGAAGAAGGAAGAGGAGCUGGAGCAAAGGAAGAAGAAACGAAUGUCGGCACAGCAAAGACAAAUAAAUAAGGAUAACGAGCUGUGGGAGACUAACAGAAUGCUUCGCAGCGGUGUUGUAGCCAGGGUGAACUUUGAUGAGGAUUUUGAUGAUGAAAACGAGGCCAGGGUACACUUGCAAGUUCUGAAUAUCGUACCGCCAUUUUUAGAUGGUCGAAUAGUUUUUACCAAACAGCCGGAGCCUGUGAUACCUCUCAGAGAUGCGACCUCAGACAUGGCUCUGGUGUCUCGUAAGGGCUGUGCUGUUGUGAGGUUGCACAGAGAGCAAAAAGAGAGAAAGAAGGCUCAGAAGAAAGAAUGGGAGUUGGCAGGAACCAACAUUGGCAACAUCAUGGGCAUCAAGAAGAAGGAAGAUGAUGAGAACGUGGAUGAAUCCCACUACAAAGAUGAUCACAAGUUUGCUGACGUCAUGAAGGAUAAAAAUGAGGCUGUCAGUGAGUUUGCCCUGAAGAUGUCAUACAGGGAACAGAGGCAGUUUUUACCCAUUUUCGCUGUCCGGAAUCAGUUGCUGAACGUGAUUAGAGACAAUAACGUGAUCAUCAUUGUUGGUGAGACCGGCUCCGGCAAAACUACACAGCUAACUCAGUAUCUUCAUGAAGAUGGCUACACUAGGCUGGGUAUGAUUGGCUGCACACAACCUCGACGAGUGGCGGCCAUGUCUGUGGCUAAACGUGUUGCUGAGGAAAUGAAUAUCAAACUGGGAGAGGAAGUUGGGUACGCCAUUCGUUUUGAGGACUGCACAUCGGAGAAAACAUUAAUCAAGUACAUGACAGAUGGUAUCUUGCUGCGUGAGUCUCUCAGGGAGUCAGACCUGGACAACUACAGUGCAAUCAUUAUGGACGAAGCUCAUGAGCGUUCGCUGAAUACGGAUGUGUUGUUUGGUUUACUUCGCAAUGUUGUGGCCAGGAGGCAUGAUCUGAAGCUCAUUGUAACGUCUGCUACCAUGGAUGCAUCCAAGUUUGCCUUGUUCUUUGGCAACGUUCCUGUCUACACUAUUCCUGGCCGAACGUUUCCUGUUGAUGUCAUGUAUGCUAAAAAUCCACAGGAGGAUUAUGUGGAUGCAGCGGUCAAGCAGACUUUGCAAGUCCAUCUUGGAGGGUUGCCAGGUGACAUAUUAAUUUUCAUGCCUGGUCAGGAAGAUAUUGAGGUCACAUGUGAGCUUAUUUCAGAACGGCUUGGUGAACUGGAAGAAGCUCCACCACUAGCUAUACUACCAAUCUACUCUCAGCUGCCCAGUGACCUGCAAGCAAAGAUUUUCCAGAAAGCUCCAGAUGGUGUCCGCAAGUGUGUGGUGGCCACAAACAUUGCUGAGACGUCACUUACAGUUGAUGGCAUCAUGUUUGUGAUAGACUCAGGCUACUGCAAGCUGAAAGUUUACAACCCCAAGAUUGGUAUGGAUGCCCUUCAGAUAUUCCCAAUUAGUCAGGCUAAUGCAAACCAGAGGUCAGGUCGUGCUGGGAGAACAGGACCUGGCCAAGCCUACAGACUGUACACUCAGCGCCAGUACAAAGAUGAGCUGUUGGUGACCACGGUGCCGGAGAUUCAGAGAACUAACCUGGCCAAUGUUGUGCUACUGCUGAAGUCACUCGGAGUUCAGGACUUGCUGCAUUUUCAUUUUAUGGAUCCACCACCCGAGGACAACAUUCUCAACUCCAUGUACCAGCUGUGGAUCCUGGGAGCACUGGACAACACCGGUGCUCUGACACCCUUGGGCAGAAGCAUGGUAGAGUUCCCCUUGGACCCAGCUCUCUCCAAGAUGUUGAUUGUGUCAGUAGACAUGGGAUGCAGUGCUGAUGUUUUGACGAUAGUGUCCAUGCUGUCAGUUCCAGCCAUAUUCUACAGACCCAAGGGGAGAGAGGAGGAUUCUGAUGCAGCAAGGGAGAAGUUCAUGGUGCCAGAGAGUGACCAUCUCACAUUCCUCAAUGUUUACCAGCAGUGGAAAAGAAAUGGAUAUUCGUCAACUUGGUGUAAUGAACAUUUUAUACAUGCUAAAGCUAUGAGAAAGGUCAGAGAAGUCCAGUCACAGCUGAGAGAGAUUGUGGAGCAGCAGAAAAUGGAACUGGUCUCUUGUGGGGCAGAAUGGGACGUCAUUAGGAAGUGCAUCUGCUCUGCUUACUUUCACCAAGCUGCCAGGUUGAAGGGUUUGGGAGAAUAUGUGAACACACGUACAGGCAUGCCUUGCCACCUUCAUCCUACUAGCGCCCUCUUUGGCAUGGGCUACACACCUGACUACAUCGUCUACCAUGAGCUUGUCAUGACCUCAAAAGAAUAUAUGCAAUGUGUAACAGCAGUUGAUGGCCACUGGCUGGCAGAGCUCGGCCCUAUGUUUUACAGUAUCAAAGAUGCUUCCAAGUCUAGACAAGAAAGAAAGCGGCAAGAAGUAGAAGAAAUGCAAGCCAUGGAGGAUGAGAUGAAGAGAGCAGAGGAACUGAUCAAAGCUAGGAAAGAGCAGCAGGGCAGAACACCCAUGUCUGUCAGAAGUUCCAAGAUUGUAACACCUGGUCAAAGGGAUCCCGGCACACCUGCUUCCACCCCCCGCAGGACUCCCAAGUUUGGCUUGUGA